AUGAGGUGCUGCACAAGGCUGUGGCAAUUCGAUACUUGCCAAGCACAACAGCGGAUAUGGUUGGAACCCGAAUUCUGGGGCAGCUCGUGGAACUCUUCGAGGAGAGUGCUGACGGAAAGUGGCGGAAGAUGGAAGAUUCAGAAAGUGGUGAGGAGGGCUGGAUGCUUCUGCAGCACCCCCAGCCCCUAG